UACUCUGAUACAUGAGGUUUGUCAGGUCUGGUAAUAUAAUAAUCAGAAUGAAUGUCAGUGGAUAUCAUGGCAGUGUAAUAUCAUGUAGAGAUGAAUAAAUCAUUAUAUUGCACAAGAUUAAUUACAGAUACAAAAAAAAAAAAUCAUGGAGUACGCUCUGGGAUUUUGAGCUUCUGAGACAGAAGUUCUUUGAGAAGCUGAAAGAACCUCACAGCUGAUUACUUAUAAAACCUCACCACAGCGUAACCAAGAGAACUCAGGCAGUUUUAAAGGAAACACACCAUCACACAAAACAUCUUACUGGCACAGUACUGAGAUCCAGAUCCACUCCCAAAACACAGACAAAGACAAGAAAUAAAUGAAGUUUGAGAGACAGACCACUUAACUUCCUAUAAAUUCCCAUAUUUCUCCAUUAGUGACAUAGUUUUGGCACCCACAACAUCUCCGUGUCCUGAAAGAGUUCCCCUCCGUUUUUACUGUUCCAUAAUCACAUGCAAAAUAUAAUCUUCUGUCUGCUGAACCCAAAUCUGCUUAAAAAAUUGUUACAAAAUGGUGAACGCAGCAUUUAAAAUUUUCUUGUUUCAUAACAGCACUGUUUGAAUGAGAUGUUUUCCAGUUAUCAGAGAAUGACCUUGGAGAAAUAGGUAUCUAAGGAAACUGCAUGCUUUGUCACACAGACGUAAAACUGUGACCAGAAGCAUUGAUCCUUUUUAUAUUGCAGCAAAAAAAUCAUUCCUUGCUUCAGAAAGAGUGAAAACUCUUUACCAACAGGUCAAUUUGCACGGGACGGGGUUAAAUCAGCUCAUACAGGCAUAUUCUUUCCAGACAUGGGAAUAUGUAGUCUGUGAAAAAUUACUGACAUUGGAUGAGGGUAAAAAUCACAGAGACACUUUUGUUUAUGGAAUUAUAUCACUCAUGUAAGGAACAACAAUGUUUUGUCGAUAUAAUGUAAAGUUAAGAGUGUGCAAUCUUUUGCAUUGAGCUGUAUUUAAUGGUUUAUAUAUUUAACUGGUUUAUAUUUUCUUUAAAUAAAAGUUCACUCCAUGCUGUUUCCCUGAGAUUUAAAUAAAGGAAAUGAAACAACACUUCUUGGCCUGGCCCUGCUGUACCGAGUCCGAAGCCCAGCAGCGGCCGGUCUGACCCAUUUCACCACGGAACAAGCAGCACUUUUGUGUCGCACCUGAAAAAAUCCUGAUGCUGUGAUCUGGCACUGCACACGGCUCCCUGUUUGCCCACUUCAGCCUUCCACACCUCACUGCUUUUUAAAUUAAAGGCAAACUCAGACUCUAUUUUCCAAAACAGAGGUUGGGCAAAUCCAGUAAAAACUGUAUCAACACUGAGAAGCUAAACACACAGUGUCUUAUACAUUUUAAUGAACUGCAUCUGCUACGAGUAAAGUUCUGUGUAGUAAAGAUCGACUGUAUAUAUGCAUCGUGCUUCUCUCUUGAAUGAAACAUAAACUGACAAACAUAACAUCAGAACAAAAUAUCUCUGCUGAGAAAGAAACUCUGUCAAAUCUGCUGUCAAAUCUCUUUUCAAUUGCAUUUGAGUACAUUUAAUUCAUUAUGAGAUUUAGUAAGCUAAAUACAUCAUUACAGGAAAUGAAUCAAUAAGAUUCAACAAGGACUGAUUUAAAGAUUUACAAUCUAUUUGAGCUGAAUCAAAUCAAACCGAAUCAUUUCUUUCUGAAUCAUUUCCUUUUUAUUUACUGAAUUUUUUCCUAUCAUUGACAUUCUGACAUUUAUUAGGAGAUCUAUAUAAUCAUCCGCCAUCUUUACCUCAGCGUCACACAGUAAUUCACUGAGUGAAUCCACAACAGCUUUCUAGUCAAUAUAUACUGUAUACAUACUACAUAACUGCAUUGUAAACCCUACAUAGUGCACUACUUUCCUAAAAGAGCACAGAAAUUGUGACAUAAUGUCUGUUAGAAAUGAACUAAUUACAUAAAUUACAUACUAAUGUUUUACUUUUUUUUCACUCUUGCACUUCACUGGCACUUUUGUUCAUUUUGCUCAUUGUUCAUGUCAUUAAUUACAUGUGACAUAAGGGUGAGUUAGCCAAAACAUUUAUUAUAUAUUGUGUUACAUGACUACAGUAAAACAUGGCAUUGUAAACAUUUAUGCGAAUUUUUGCCUCUGAAUAUGUAAAUAUUAUUCAAAUUUGUGAAAUGUUCAUGUUCAAGCCUAAACUGUAUAAUAACUUUAUAAUAAAUACUUUUCAUUCUUUCCCUACUUAUUUGCCUUCCCCCUUUUUUGAAUGAUUUUUAUUGUAUUUUAUUUAUUUUUGUCCCUCAUUUGCAUUCUUUCAUUUUAAGUAUGUAAUAUUUUAUAAUUUCUCGUAAAGUGAUCUUAAAUUUUUGAAAGAUGCUAUAGAAAUAAAUGUAAACUGAAUCAAAUAGAAUCUAAUUUAAUCUAAUAACAUUGUGAGACCCUGCAUAAUUGAUUUGGAUCAGACUGAAUUGAGCUGAAUAAAAUCACACUGUGGCUCGCUAAAUCGAAUCAAACUGAAUUGUAUCAAACUGAAUAAAAUCAUAUGGAAUGGCACUCUGAAUUGAAUCAAAUUAAAUUAAACUGAAUUGAAUCAAACAGAAUCAAAUUGUGGCACUCAGAAUCAAACUGAAUUGAAUCAAAUUGCCACAAACUGAAUUCAAAGCAAAUCAAACUGUCGCUAGAGAUUCCCUCUGUACUGUUCAGAGGUGUUUAAUCUGGCGCACACGCUACUGCACGCAUCUGAGUCCUCAGUGAGUCAUGGAUGUGAGUCAUGAGUGCUGCUGGAGCUUCAUUUCCAGUAAAACAGCUUAAUGUUAUUAUGUGGAGGAAGCCACAGGUGGAAAACUGGAGAAGUUCCUUGAUUCUCCACGAGACACACAACAUCACUGACAUGUGGUAUUUGUUAUAAAUAGCUAUUAUUCCUACCUGAAAAUGAUUACAACCUUCUCAGCACCAGUGCUAAUUUAGUCACCCAGGAACCCUCAAUCAUGUCAGCGAUGCAGGAGGUUAUUAAGUGUACAGUGUGUGUGUCGACGUACUGCGUGCUGUACUCGGCAGAUUAUAGCAGAUGAUACGGACACACCUUUGUGGUCAGGUUUCAGUUCAGCAGGCAGAGCUAAAAAAUUACUUCUAGUGCCAUUGUAACAGUUAUUUCAUUCAUCACUGCAUUUCUCUGAGCAAGAUGGAUAAGUUUUGCGAGCGUUACUUUGAGAACGGAUGGCUGUGGACAUCUCUGAUUAUUUCAGCAUUAAUGCCUGGAGUUGUUCUGGCCGGUGACUGGGUGGUCCAUGUUCCUGUGAACCCCAUCCUGGCCCCUCAUGGCUCCUCAGUGACGCUCCCCUGCACUUAUGACUUCCCUGAUGAGUCCGGGUCACGCCAUGUGCAGUCUGAGAUGUGGUGUCUGAACCAGAGUCAGUGCAUCACACCCGCCUACGUGUACCACAGCGCCAGCAUCUUCCCCGAGCCUGCGUACCGGGGCCGGGUCCAGUACCUGGGCUCACUCGGCUCCAAGAACUGCUCUCUCAGGAUAAGCGACCUGAGGAUGAAGGACAGCGGUGUGUACGUGUUCCGCUUCAUCACCAACCACCCUGUGAGCAAACUGCCGGGGCAGAGGGGCGUCACGCUGCAAGUGACAGAUCCCCCAGUGAACACGUCAGUGAUGGUCACCAGCUCAGGCGAGAUUGUCGAGGGAACGUCACUCACCCUGUCCUGUACCAGCUUUACCGCCUCACCACUGAUCACCUUCACUUGGUUCCAGAUGAACGGAACCACGACUUUAAGAGGCACAGGCCAGAAGCUGACUAUAGAUCAUCUCACUUCUAAAGACAGCGGGUUGUACACAUGCGUAGCCCAAAACACCUGGGGCUCCCAGAAUGCUACCAUCAUACUCACCAUCCGGAAAGCAGAAACAAGCAGCUCUGCCUCCACUGUUGGCAUUGUGUUUGGAAUUAUCCUCAUGCUCACAAUAAUAGCUACCGUUGUUACUUGUACUAAAAGACACACUGCCUCAAAAUCACUUCAGACAGUGUUUAACGAUGAUGGCAACCUCUGAUUCCUGUCAGAUAAACAGCAGGAGAAGAAAACGUUUCUACUGUCUUGUGUUCAGUUUAUAUUUAUUGAAUUUAGUAAGGUGUCAAAAAAUGUAGCUGUAUAAAUAUAAGAUUACAUUUCAUUUUAUUAUGUAUGUUUCUUCACAAUAUAGAGUCUUCAGCCUCGAGCUGGAUGGUGUGAACAAUUCAUGAUGUAAUAAUGAUGCAAUGUUGUGAAUAGAAAUACUGUUUUUUUAUAGUGAGGCUGAUCACAUGCUCUGAUUCCAACUUCUUUCCAAGUGCAGAGAAUUUUUUUUUUUCAAACUUUUAUCGUACUGUACUUGUCUAAUGCAUAUGUUUAUAAAGGCGAUAAAUAAAUUAUUUUAAAAAUAAAACUACAGCAUUCCUGUGUGUUUACACUCAGUGUAUACAGUAUAUCAUUGCAAUAAUGAUAUAUUGAGUUGAGUGUUUGUGGGAUGCAUUAAUAACUACAACUAUUUUUUUGCAUACUGUCAGGUCAGAGCCAGGUAAUGGUGAAGAACUACAUUACCCAUCAGCCCCAGCACACCACACUCACACCUGUUUCCUGUUGCACCUAAUUAGCACCCCUAUUUAAGUUCCAGUUUCUGUGUGUUUCUUUGUCAAGCUUUUGUUGUGUGUAAUCUAUUAUUGCUGGCAGUCUGUGUGUGGUUCUUGCCUCAUAAUCACAAUUUGGCUUUAUGGUUUUUGUCUUCACUUUGUUCCUGUUUCUUUUGUUUUUCUUUUAAUAAAACCACCUGCA